AUGCGGGAGGGCCCAAUUGUCACACCGUUCCUCGGUGCGCUCCAAGCAUGUGUCUCGGUCCUCCUUACAAUGAGCUAUGGAGCCAUGGCUGAGCGGUUUCGACUGGUGAAGGAGAGCUCGAUAAGUGAUAUGGCCGGUCUGGGCGUGAAGCUCUUUCUUCCAGCUUUGAUUGUCGUUCAUCUUGGCGAACAACUGGAAGCGGACAUUGUCCUCAACUAUGUUCCAGUCCUAAUUUGGGCGGCUCUGUACACCUCUGCCUCUAUUGGACUCGCUCACGCAGUAUCACGAGGCCUGGGGCUCCCAGUUUGGGUAACGCCCGCAUGCGCAUUCAACAACACAACCUCGCUGCCAUUGCUCCUCCUGCAAUCUCUAGAAAGCGUGGGGAGCUUGAAACUAAUCAUUCCGGAAGGUGACUCAAUGUCAGGUGCAAUUACUCGCGCUCAGAGCUAUUUCCUCCUUUGUGCUGUUGUCAGCAAGACCAUCGGCUACGCCGUUGGGCCCAAGAUGCUCCAAAACGGCAACAACCAGGACGAAGGAAGAGAUGCACAAGACACUGACGCCGAAGCAGGACAGAGUAAUAACGGCGAUUACGCAGACAACGACGAGGAAGCCAGCGAGGAGACCUCGCUUCUGCCAGAGCGCGUACAGAAGGCCCGGCGCAAGGUCACUGGCAAGUUCAGGCGUGUGGGCCGCUGGGUGUCGUCUUUCUUGCCCGAGCGCGUGAAGCAGGAACUGAUGGCACCGUUUGAGUCACCAUUUGCCGACGUUGCGAUCUUAUGCACUAUCAUCGGUGCCGCCCUUGGUCUCGUCCCUCAGCUGCACAGAGCAUUCUUCAGACCCUACGAGGAAGGCGGCAUCUUCAACGCCUGGCUUACGUCAAGCGUUAAGAAUAUCGGCAAGUUGUUCACCACCUUGCAGAUCUUUGUUGUGGGAGGAAAACUGGGAGCUAGCUUCCAGAGAAUGAAGGCCAGUGGGAAUUCCGGGGAGAUACCUAAAAAAGCAAUCGUGACAAUUUUCCUGGUUCGCCUUGUCAUUUGGCCUGCGAUCAGCAUCUCCCUCAUCUACAUGCUGGCCAAACGAACAGGACUUGUCCGCUACGAUCCAACCUUGUGGUUCAGCUUGAUGAUGAUGCCAGCCGGGCCUCCUGCAUUGGUGAUAUCAGGCUUCGCAGAACUGGCAAAGAUUUCAGAAGCAGAAAAGAUGGCUGUCGCAAAGACUCUGACGGUAAGGAAUUUCUGCAUCUCUAAGGAGACUGAGAAUGCUAAGUAG